AUCAAGCAGUGCUUUGGCAUGUUACCAUCAGCUCAUUCAGAUGGCCAACAUCACUCUCUGCACUCUGGAAGAGCCUUUACUGCAGCCGUUUUGGGACUACCUGCACACCAAUUACCAGGACACCUUGAGAUCUCCUCUCUUCCCUGUCAUCAUCUCUGUGUCCACCUACUUCAUCCUGGUGGCUCUCUAUACAGUUCUGGAUUUCUUAGCUCAGAAGUGGCAUUGCAUUAACAAGUACAGGAUCCACCCAGAGAAGCCAGUAACCUGGAAGAAGAUCUGGAGAACCCUGGGCCUCACCACCUACAACCACCUGGUCUUCAUCUUCCCUGCCUCAGUGUGUCAGUGGUACUGGAGGCCACCAACACCUCUGCCUAAAGAAGCACCGAGCCUGUCACAAUUUAUGUUUGGCAUCCUGGCGUGCACCAUCUUGUUUGAUUUCCAGUACUACCUGUGGCAUAUUCUGCACCACAAAAUAAAGUGGCUCUACAGCAACUUCCAUGCCAUCCACCAUGAGUUCAGUGAGCCCUUUAGCCUUACCACGCAGUACCAAUCUGCCUGGGAGCUGAUCUCCGUGGGCUUCUGGGUCACGGCCAAUCCGAUCCUCCUUCACUGUCAUUGCCUGACUGCAUGGGUGUUUAUGAUGUUAAGUAUCUGGAUCUCCACGGAAGAUCACUGUGGCUAUGACUUCCCUUGGUCCCUGCAUAACCUCGUCCCAUUCGGCCUGUGGGGAGGCGCUCUCAAACACGAUUUGCACCAUCAGAAGCCCACCACUAACUUUGCACCUUUCUUUUCACACUGGGACUGGCUUGGUGGGACCAGUUCAGAUGCUUUUACUGCUAAAUCAAAAAAGUGAGAAUGAAUCCCAUUCGCCCUUUAGAUUUUAAAUUUGCUAAUGAUUAUGUAAUUUCUAAACAUGGUUUUGUAUUUAACACGGUGUUGUAUUUAACAUGCUUUACUUUACAUUACUUCUCCGUACUACCAUGCUUGCAG